AUGCAGGAUAAUGUGCUCCGCAAGGGUAUCAAUCCUCGUACUCGCGCCCAACAGCUUCAGGAUUUGAUCCAGUACAAAGGGAUAUCACAUUACGAACAAGAGGAAGAAGCAAAGAACCACACAGCCUUUCCAUGUCCAGGUGAACUCCUAGUAGAACAACACCACAGUAACUAUGGAGAACCCUGGGCUGGUGGGAGAGAUGUAUUUGAAUUCCUUGCAGAAUCCUCUCACUUGAUUCCAGAAUCCCGUGUUCUUGAAAUCGGAUGUGGUACACUUCGAGUUGGCUUACAUUUCAUCCGAUACUUGAAUCCAGAACACUUCCAUUGUUUAGAAAGAGAUGAGCUCUCUCUCAUGGCUGCAUUUAGGUAUGAACUUCCUGCACAAGGGUUGCUUUAUAAACGUCCUUUGAUCUUGAAAGGUGAAGAUAUGGAGUUUGUGAGAUUUGGGUCUGGAUUUAUGUAUGAUUUAGUGUAUGCGAGUGCUGUGUUUCUUCAUAUGCCUGAUAAGCUUGUGUGGAUUGGAUUAGAGAGAUUAGUAGGUCGAUUGAAGCCUUUGGAUGGAAGAUUAUUUGUGUCUCAUAAUGUUAAGUUUUGUUCAAGAUUGGGUGGAGAUGAAUGUAGCAAAAGAUUGAAAAGUUUAGGGCUUGAGUAUAUGGGAAAACAUACACAUGAUAGUUUAUUGUUCAAUCAUUAUGAGAUAUGGUUUGAGUUUAGAAGAUUUACAAUGUAAAGAUUUUUGUAAUUUGGUUUCUUUUGUUUGUGGAAACCAUGUAAACUUUUAAGUUUUAACCUCCUUAGGCUUCUCAUACAGAUUUUGAUGUCAUUUUUAAUUCUUUCAAGGAGGAAAACAGAGGUGCAGUUGUAUAAUGUA